GUCAAUUCGUACGUAGAGAGAGAAGACAGCGUAUGGUAUCCCCGAUUCACAACUCACUUCUGCGUGUCGUGGCAUCGAUCUGUGACAGAGGGGCUCGCUACAUUUAAAGGGGGCUGAUCUAUUGUUGGCAAUACACGGGCUAUUCUCAGCACAAUGGAAUGAUGCAACAUAUAGUCAAGUGCAGAGCUUGAGUUGCUCAAUAGGACUGAGCUCACGCCUUCACUAGAUGGUUGCGGAUCGACCGUCGGACUUGUUUGUUCGCUGGCCACGCACCCCAUGUGUGGCGUUGUUUGAAGUAAGCCGAUGCAUGCAGGCUUCGGUCGCAACAAUAUCCGCACAAGUUGUACUUCAGCCACACGGGCCGGCACCGUGCUACGUUCACGAUACAUCUGAAGCCAGUUACAGUUGUCCACGGUUGCUUCUUGACAUCGAUGGCAGCGGCAGCGGUUCUGGCCAGGAUAUACAUCGUCCGCCAUGGCGAAACAGACGAGAACAGGCUGGGCAUCAUGCAAGGACAACUCGAUACCAAGCUGAACGCCGCCGGCAUAGAGCAAGCUCGGCUGGCGGCUGGCGCUCUGGAGACUGUCCCCUUCGAGAGGGCAUUCAGUAGUGAUCUGAAUCGAGCAGCUAAGACUGCAGAAAUCAUACUGCAGAAGCACCCCGGAGUGCCACUCGAGAAGCACGAUGCACUGAGAGAAAGGCAUCUGGGAGAUUGGCAAGGACAGAAGCUCGAGGGGCGCGGUACGGCCCCAUCCAACGCAGAACAACUGAGCGACUUCAGCCUGCGCGCCGCACGAUGGUGGAACAAUACCAUCCUGACCUACGUCGAGUCCCUCAUAAUGCAAGAUCCCAUGCACCGCAAAUCCCUCCCAGGGAACGUGCUCGUAGUCUCGCACGGAGGCUACAUCUCGAGACUCAUCGCAAACCUGCUUGGAAGUGGCAAGCUGAAGUGCGCGGAAGGAGUGGUGGUGAAUGGCAAAUGCUGGAACACGUCGAUAUCCGUGAUAGACAUAUUCGGGAGCGGAGAGGCGGUGUUGGUGAGCUACUCUGACACCACGCAUCUGAAGGUAGACUUGGUGCAGACCAACGCGGACGUCAUCGAUCGAUAGAACACAAACACCACGCUCUAGAGUAGACAAGUUACGGAGAUAGCUAACAAAGCGAAUGAGUAGUAGUCUGUAGAUUAGAGGUGUUCACAUUAAGUCGUCAUCAUUGGGGUCCGCUCGAGGCUCAGGUUGCGUGCGACUUCGGGGUCUUAUGCUUGUUCUUGCCUUUCUUUUUGCUGCUCUCAUACUGAUCGACCUCCGUCAUGGCCAGCAUGCUAUGGCGACGCCAUCAGCAAGCCUUUAAUCCUAAUCGUAGUAUGAUAA